GCUGCGCUCCGCUCCGGGCGACGGCGAGUGGCGGGGCCGGCGGGCUCGGGGCUCCGGCAGCCCCGCCAUGGAUUUAGUGCUGCUGCUGGGGGGCUCGGUGGGCGCCUUUCGGCUGCUCAACACCGUCGUGGAGCGCCUGGUGCCGCCACCCUCUCGGGCGCAGCCCCUCCGCUGGAAGUGGCGCAAUAUUUGGACGUCGCUUGCCCACAGCCUGCUGAGCAGCUCCUGGGCCCUCCUCGGGUUCUACUUCUACCCCCCGAUGGGCGAGGAUCUCAUCGACCAAUUCUCGCCCUCCGCGCACUGCUUGCUGGGCAUCUCCAUCGGGUAUUUUGUGCAGGACUUCUUGGACAUGGUAUGUAACCAGAAGCUUCAGAAAUGUUGGGAGCUGCUCUUCCAUCACUUUGUGGUGAUUGUUUGCUUUGGCUUUGCUUUCCUGGCUCGUCGCUUUGUGGGCUUUGCGAUGGUGGCUCUGCUGGUGGAGAUCAACUCUGUCUUCCUGCACCUGCGGACGAUCCUGAGGAUGGCCGGCUUGGCCAACACUCCCUUCUUCCGCCUCGCCAGCCUCGUCAACCUUGGCACCUACCUGGUGUUCCGAAUCCUGAUCUUGGCCUGGAUGAGCCGCUGGCUGGCCCUUAACCGGGAGAAGGUCCCGGCAGUCCCCUACGUCAUGGGCACGGUGGGCAUGGCCAUCAUGCUGUCCAUCAACAUUGUCCUCUUCUACCGCCUGCUACGCUGCGACUUCCUCCCAUCUCGCAAGAAGUAACGGCUCGCCACCAAGCACCAGGGGAAGGAGAGCCAGCCGAACAAGGCAGAGGGCCCAAGCGGGCAGGGGGAGAGGAGGGUUCCCCCCAGCGUCUCGGGAGCCCCUUUGCUGCCGAGCGAUGCAGAUGGGAGCAGGGCCAGCCUUCCCGGAGAGCCCUGUGGAACAGUGUCGUUGUGCUGCUUGGCGGGAAGGCUGGGAGCGAUGACGACACAGCCAGGUGGGUUCCGCUUUGCCUUCCAUGAGGGAAGGGGCUUAUUGAAAUGACUUUGCCCUGUGCAUCUGUGUUCUGGCCUUUACUUCUGGUACCUGGUUCCCUGAAGAAGGCGAGUCUCCUGGGAACAGGUGCUCUCCGCCUCGCCCCUUCCCUUCCACCCCUGCCCCAUGGCAAUACCCGAGAUGCUGCCAGGCCGUGGAAGGGUGUGGCAGAGAGACCGUCUCACCGUCCCCCCCUCCCUGAUGCCCAUGGUGGACUCCCUGGAGAAUAGCAUUUCGUCAGGAGCCUCCCUGGGAGCUUCUACCCUUCCGUUCGGGGUUUUAAUUGCUAACGUUCUGUAGGUCAAUGUCACUAG